AUGAACACUGUUGGCGGGCAGUCAUGGCUUUCGAUGGACUGCAUUGGCAGCUUGGGGAAUCCGGUGGCGCUGGACGCUCGGGAAAACGCGGACGUGACGACAACUUUGCCGGAGGGAGCGCAACAACGACGUAGCGAAGUAGGAGGGUCUCUGGCCGCGGGAAAGAAGAGCCCACUGCCAGGGAAGACGGUGGCUGCCGGGGCCGAGGAGCUUCGAUUGUGGGCGUCGGUGGAAUUGGUUGGGGAUGGGGAAGAACACAGGUUUUUACGGAGAGCACUAGCUUAUUUGGGGACAGUUGACCACUAUAGCGAAUGCGGAUUUUCUAGCGGAGCCGGUAACUACCGGUGCUCCAGCCGCCGUUCAAUCUUGCGUGAAGAUUGGGUCACGCUUUUAGCCUAUAUAUGCAGUUUUUUAAUCGUAUUGAUUGCGAGAUGCACCAACCUUGGUAAUCUACGCCGGUACUCACAGCACGACAUACCUACGCAGCCACAGACUAAUAAGGCCUCGUUUGGCACAGGAGUAUUAACCGGGUUUGCGGAGUAUUAUCCCGGCCUAAAUUUUAUACACGUGAAACUGCGAGCGAGCCGUUUGGCAGGCCUGUCUUGGCCGGGUUCAGCCCGAGUAAACCCCGCAAUACACGUCGACCCGACGAGUUUUCCAGACGCUCCACCCACCUCGCGUUUUUUUGGUCCACACGCGUCGCAGCAACACCGGAUCUCCUCUCGCGACGACGCCGGAUCUCCUCUUGCAGCGACGCCGGCGGCUCCGUUGCCCCGCAAACAGAAAGUAACAGCUCCGGCGACGCCUACUUCAGCACCUUGUGCCGCCGCCUCAGCAUCUGCCGCCGCCGUUGAUUCAGUACCCGCCCCCGCCGCCUCAGAACCUGAUGCCGCCGCCGCUUCAGCACCUGGUGCCCUCGCCGCUGAGGUUCCUGCCGACGUAGGCUCCUUCGCCCGUCCGUCCUCUCGUGAACUUAUGGCUGCGCUGAAUGGCAGACUUGGAGGCUGCAGACUAGCAGAUCUCCAGAUGGAUGGAGUGGUCGCAUGCGCUCCAUUUGUUCAUCCGCCAGUUAUUCGCUUCACCUCCCCAGGACAUAUGACAGAGAAACUCUGUUGGGUGGAAGUGCAUCGGAGACAGCUUCUCAACAUGAUGCAUGGCUCCGUUGGCGCGGCGGAGCGAUGAUACUGCCACUUGCCCGGCCUCUGCUGACUUAAUAUUCGCCGAUGCUACCGCGUCCAUCUUUACGUCGCCUCACCUUAUGUCCCCAAGCUGACAGAAGUCAAGGCCACUGCGCCUCUGAUCCAGCAUCUAUUUUAUGUAAUGUGCUUGUGACCAGAGUGUAAAAGUUUAAUUUUUAUUCGAAUUACUAUGAUCGUCCUAGCCUUGUUGUGUAAAUUGCAUUUUUGGUUGUAGAAUUAUCCCUGCCUGCCAAACAGAUGAAUAAAUGUAGAGUAUUGGUGACGAAGGGUUUUUUGGUGUAACGAAGUGUUUUGGGUGACAGGAGUGUUUUCACCCAAUCCCCUUGGAAAAAACACUUCCAGUUACUCGGUAAUACACUUCAACCAAACAAGGCCUAAGGGAACUCCCACCAUGACGGACUCCCUUUCCAAUCUCUCUCUCAAUCCCGAUCCAAAAAAAAAGCGGCGGCUGCGGCGGAGCGUGACCUGCGGCGAGGCGGACUCCGAACUGCGGCGACAGGGCGAGAUAGCGGCCAGGACGGUUGCGCCGUGCAUGAGCAGAUCUCGAGCUCUGGCUCCUCCGCCGCACCUUCUUCGUGCAGCGCCCCUGCCUGGCUGCCUCCUACACGAGAGUGACCGGAGGAAGACAAAGUGGAGCACGGCACCAUGUUCAUGUGGAGUUUAGGUUUUGAAUUCAUUUUCCUGAUCUAGGGAUUUUAUUUUUGUUUCAAUCUCGUGAGGAUACAGAUCUGAAGUGUGAUUUUUAUGGUGUCUACUUUUGUUCCACCUGAAUUUUAGCUUUCUGUUCCGUGUCAAAUCCAAUGCAACCAAUUCAAUAAUCAGUUUUAUUUUCUGAUCUCUUUUUGGAAUGCACACAUUGAGAAAUCCUUGCCGAA